AUGCCCGAGUUAUCGGAAUCAAUCAAGGCUAUUCAAGAAGGCGCCAAGGAAGACCGCUUCACCUAUCUCACCAUCCUCCAAUACCAUGUCACCUCCCCAGAAAUACUACCCACAUUAAACGAUGUCCUUCAAGAUGCAGAGCUCACUCAAGAGAUUGGCUGGGAUCUCGUGCAAAUGCUCCUGAACAUCAAAGGUUCGGAAACAUGUCUCGAGACUGUGGCCCGCUUAGGAAACCCCCGCGAAGUUGUCAUCAAGGUUAUGGAAGCUUUGGAGGGGCUCACUGUCGCAUGGCAUGACGAGGUGGUUGUCGAUAUUGAAGAGCCUGGAGUCCACCCCGACUCGAAAAUACCAGAGAAAUUCAUUACUCUGCUUGGCAUGCUAGCCAUUCUUCAUCAACGUAUCAAAACAAAGUACCCUUCAAGAUUUCUAGGACCGUCGCUAGUGAAGGUGUUUGAGGCCUAUCAGCCCACGCCUGAGAUGACUGCAUCCGUUAUUAACCUGGUCUACUCACUCUCCGGCCGGAAGAGGCCACCUCUCCCUUCUCGAAAAUCAAGCAUCAAUGUUCUUAAUCCUGACCAUGACGGGGAUUUGUCUAGGAAUGCACCUGACCCGGAGGCAGAGCAGGAAGAUCCUAAAGAAGAAGCCAUGCAACAGAAGUUAUUGCAGGCUUUCGUCACAUGUAUCCUACAACGAUACGUGAACGCGCAUGACAUGUUAUGGUCGCCGCGGUUGUUAGAAGUCUACAACCCGAAGAAGAAUGUGCCAGGUAAGAAGACGAUAGUCGAAGCAUUCAGGGAAAAUGAAGAGCUCCAGAAACGGGAUGCUGUAGUUGGACAACUAGUCGCCUUACUUCGUGACCUCGGUCUAAACAAGUGCCAAGCAUCAUUUGUGAAAGGAAUAUCUGAAGGGCCAGUACAUAUUGACCCUCUGGCAGCCUUCAACGACUUUUCUAGUGUUGAUGACAUCCACUUAUCACCAGGUGGGGCAGUGUGCCUCAUUGCUUACUGGAUCUUCUCCAAAGACGUUUUCGGUUCAGAUAGUCCACGACCUGAUAUGCACAUCUUCCCGGACCACGCCGCGAUACUUGCGCGAUUCAUUGGACAAGAAAUGCAAACAGAAAUCCAUUCGAGUCCCGGAAUAGCUGAUGCGCUACUAGCCAUUGGUCUAGGGCUGGAUAAUCGAAAUUUAAUAAAAGCAGGUGAAGAGACAAAUUUGAUGGCAUACCACCACAACCUCACACUCAUCUCCGUAUUCCACCCCGAUGUCCAAGUUAGGAAUGCCGCUACUUCCUUCGCUGGCUCAAUCCUCCACUCCGAGCCAGACGACCAUAACCGCCUAGAAAUCCUCGAAGACCUACUUGAAAAUUGCAUGUUCGCCGCCCUCAAAGCCUGCUGCAUCACGUGGCUAAAAGAAGAGCUCAUCGCCGCCAAAACGAGAAACCUGACCAACCAGUUCUCGUCCCCGGACGUCAUCGAGAGACUUCAAUACUCCUUGUUCCCCGACAUGCUCUCGCUCAACGAAUCAAGCACGGAGGCUUUGGUAGAAUUCUGGGCGCUGAAUCACCUCUUCAUCCUGCAGGCCACCAACCUCGCGUACUUUCUCUUCACGGGCUACAAGGACCUUGUACCUACUGGCAUGGGCGCAGCUGUGGGCCAACGCUUUGUCGAGCCUCUGAUAGCGAUGGCGGAGAAGCUGUUGAAGACAGAGGGCGCGGGUGGCGAGGAUACGAUGCAGCUGAGUAUAUUGGUGGAUCGGCUGCGUAGUUUAGGGCUGCAAUAG